UUUUUCUCAUGCGAAAAAGUCACAAGACCUGUCACCUGAACUAAAUCGCAAAAGAAGAAAAUUUUUCAUAGCUUAUUUUUGCUGUGAAAAAUAAAAAUUCCAACAAUAAAAUCAAUUAAAAUUUGUUCAAUACUCCAAUAAUAUCGUCUCCAUAAUAUAUUGAAUCAUCAAUUUUCACAAUGGCUGACGUCAAAGGACUAAUAAAUCUUCCCGAUGAGAACAUCGACAUGAUUGCUGCCACUAGUGUGCUCCAACAGCAAGCCACUGACAUUCGUCAGAAAACAAUCAAUUGGCAAUCGUAUAUGCAAUCCCAGAUGAUCUCCCAGGAAGACUAUCAAUGUAUUAGUGCUCUUGAUACUUCCAAGGUCGCUUAUCUCCAACAAAAUCCCAGUCAGGCUGUUAAGACUUUCUUAAAUCUCCUUGCCCAUGUGUCCAAGGACUCUACCAUUCAGUAUAUCCUUGUCAUGAUUGAUGACAUCCUUCAGGAGGAUCGUUCUCGUGUCGAAUACUUUCACGAUUAUGCUUUAAAGAAGAAAGAAUGUGUCUGGGGACCAUUUUUGAAUCUUCUCAAUCGACAGGAUGGUUUCAUUGUCAACAUGUCAUCGAGAAUUCUUGCCAAAUUGGCAUGCUGGGGCAAGGAAUUGAUGCCCAAGUCUGACUUGAACUUUUAUUUGCAAUUCUUAAAGGAUCAGCUUACCGUUAAUGCUAAAUCCUACAUUAACGACAUGGCAUUGCUGGCUAAGCGUGUCCAAACAGUGGUCACCCACCAGCACGGACACAGCGGUCACCACAAAGAGCAUCACGGUGGAAACCAUCAUUACAGUCCUUUUAGCAGUCAGCACUCCGCCAAUGAAUCGCAAUCUCACGAGUCUUAUCGCCCUGUGUCUGGUGAUUCGACCAGCUCGUCAACUGCAGCAGGAGGUCCUUCGGGUGCUAUUCCGAGUAACGAAUACAUCCAAUCGGUUGGACGUUGUUUGCAAAUGAUGCUGCGCAUCGAUGAAUAUCGUUUUGCUUUUGUGUCAGUCGAUGGAAUUAGUACUUUGAUCAGUAUUCUUUCUUCAAGAGUUAAUUUCCAGGUUCAAUAUCAACUGGUAUUCUGCUUGUGGGUGCUUACUUUUAACCCAUUGUUGGCUGGAAAGAUGAACAAGUUCAGCGUUAUUCCCAUCUUAGCUGACAUUCUUAACGAUUGUGCUAAAGAAAAGGUUACUCGCAUUAUUCUCGCAGUGUUCCGCAAUUUAAUUGAAAAGCCCGAGGAGGCCCAAGUCGCUAAGGAGCACUGCAUUGCAAUGGUCCAGUGCAAGGUUCUGAAACAGUUGUCUAUUUUGGAACAACGCCGCAUCGACGAUGAGGAUAUUACCGCAGAUGUUGAAUUCCUCACUGAGAAGCUUCAGAAUUCUGUACAGGACUUGAGCUCGUUUGAUGAGUACGCCACCGAGUUGAAGAGUGCCCGUUUGGAAUGGUCUCCAGUGCAUAAGUCGGCCAAAUUUUGGCGUGAAAAUGCCCAACGUCUCAAUGAGAAAAACUAUGAGCUGUUGAGAAUUUUGGUUCACUUGCUGGAGACAUCCAAGGAUCCCGUCAUUCUCUCGGUUGCCUGCUUUGAUAUUGGCGAGUAUGUACGUCAUUACCCAAGGGGCAAACAUGUCCUUGAGCAACUGGGUGGAAAGCAGAUUGUUAUGCAACUCCUCGGCCAUGAUGAUCCAAAUGUUCGUUAUGAAGCUCUUCUUGCCGUUCAAAAAUUGAUGGUUCACAAUUGGGAAUACCUUGGCAAGCAGCUCGAAAAAGAAAACGAGAAAACACAACCCUCUGGAGGUUCGGCUAUCAGUGGAAAAGCUUAAACACACCCGUAAUCACUUAAGAUUACUUCUAAAAAAAAAUACAUAAAUCAUAUAUUUAACAAAAAAAUACUAUAAUAAAGUAACUGUCUAUCGAUGCCAACUUUAAAAUUUCAUCUCCCAUAAUAAAAUGAUUAAAACCAUUCCAAAUUCGAAUUCUUCAAGGAUUUUAGCAAAAACAAUAUAAACGAAAAUAUUGGAGGCAUCUCAUCUCUUUGUUCUCGCGGGUCGCAGCAAUAGCAGAGGACUUGUUAUUAAAAUAAAAUUUUAAAAAAUAAAAUAAAAUAUUUUGUUUGUUCUUGUUUUUUUCUUUGUAUUAAUCCUGCGUGUAUAUAAGAAGUAAGAAAAAGUAUUGUUUAUAAUUUUUGUUUGUUUGUUGUAAAGAACUAUCUUUGAAUAUAAUGUAAUUAAUUCGAGAAAAUUCUAUUUUUAAAUCAAUAAUAAUAAUUUUUUGUUGUUGUGUUUACCAAUAACUGCUGAUCAAUUAAAGCCUGGUUAUUUACUAAACGUUGUUAAUUUAAAAGAAAAAAAUAUAUAUACAUAAAUGUUUUAUCUUAAAAUUUAA